AAUGAUAAAGAAAAUAAGGCACCACAUUCACGUGAUGCAGACAAGAAGCGAAAAGUGGCUGAAGAGGCUCAUGAGGCGCAUUUGCGUAAAGUAGCUGAAGAGACUCAUGAAGAACUUGAGGCGCGUUUGGUGGCUGAAGAGGAGGCUCAGUGUGCUCAUGCACAUAAAAAAUAUUUAUUAAGAAAGUCUAGAGAAACUCCCCAACAACGCAUCGCAAGACUUUCUAAGAAUAGGACAACUCUAUGCCAAAGACGUGAUAUGGAAGGUGUUUCAACUUCAGAUCAGAAACUUCUACACAAAUUUCGCAAUAUAAUUAGUAAUUUGAGAAAUAAUCUCUAUAUCAUGUGUAAUGAGCGAUUUCCAUCUAUUGUACUUGCUGGUGAAGAAUUCUGUUGA